UCGGAGAAAACGAGAGGCAUGGAGAUUGUGGACAGAAGAGAGGGCACUUGAAUUGAUCAAUACAUUAAUCGAGGACUCGAGCAUUUUACCUGAAAUAUUCAGAUGCAUCCAUGUGGGUCUCUUGUGUGUGCAACAACUUCCAGAGGAUCGACCGAACAUGUUAUCGGUGGUUCUAAUGUUGAGUGGCGAGAGCGUAUUGCCUCAGCUGAAACAACCAGGUUUCUUGAUAGAAGUACAAAAUAAAGCUCAUCCCUCAGCAAGCAACAAUGAAUCAUGUUCAGCCAAUGAAAUGACUGUUACGUUGUUGGAGGCUCGUUAG